UGCAUUUCGGCCACCUUUCGACAAUGAAAAAAGACGGAACUUUUUCAAAUAGGACCUGUACGAGAAAACUGGUUUGGUAAAUCGUUAUUGUCUGGUCUAUAAUGAUGUCCUCGCCCAGCACUGGCUGAACAAUCUUAAACAAAUAUUAUUAUCGACUAAUAUACACCACUUAAUUGUUUUCAUACUCGUUUCUUUAGUUUUGUAUUGAGUUGAGUGACAGUAAAGGUGCUCAUGACAUCAUGCCCUUAGAGCAACUAGAAUUCGAGAUCAAAACAGCCACUACUGACGAUAAAGAACAAAUACUGCGGUUCCUGCGAACAUUUUACUUCCAAGAUGCCCCUCUGAGCUGUUACCUAAAAGUGUUAACCGAUGAAAACCCGAUUAACGAGAACCUGGAAGCAUACACGAGUGCUUUAAUAGACGAUUUACCUCCUCUUAUGGCAGUGUACAAUGACAAGCUAAUCGGCGUUUGCAUAAAUACCAUUCUUGAAAGAGACAAGCUAUCAAAACCUCCGCCAUCAUGGAUUGACGAUAAGUUAAUGAAAAUGGUGAACCUCCUCGGAUUCGUUAGUAAGGGAGCCGACGCGUUUGGAAAACACGCUGGAUGUGUGAGAGCUCUCAGUGCUGCUAUGCUUUCUGUCGAUCAAACUUACAGAGGAAAUGGGGUAGCAAAAAAACUCCUGGAAAAAAGUUGGGAGUUGGGAAAGCAACAUGGAUGCGGUUUCAUGGUGGUCGAUUGUUCAAGUCACUUCACAGCCCGAGCACUGAAAUCUCUUGGUUUCGAACUUAUUUAUUCCAUGGACUACGCGGAUUAUGAAGUGAAUGGUGAAGUUGUAUUCAAACCACCACCACCACACAAGGCAUUCACUGUUUAUACCAAAAUAAUUCAGUGAAACAAUAAUUAUACAACUUAAUGUCAAGUGACUUGAUGAAAUAAUACAAUAGUACCUCUACUU